GUAUUGUAUAUAAUAUUCUUAUACAAUUUGCGUAUACAACGUGAGUAUAUUUAUCACAAAGAAAUGGAGAAAAUAUGGACAGUUGUAAGAUUUGAAGAUGAAAAUGUUGUCGAAGCGGUGUCAACAAGUUGGAUUACUAACGGCAGAUGUUAUUGGCCACCAUAUACAACAGAAAAAACUUUAAAAGCAAUAAAAGAUCAUGUUGAUUUUAAUUCUUCAUGGGCGAACUAUGAAGUAUAUGUCUUUAAAAAUAGUACCUCCGAAAGUUAUCAAGUGUGUAGACUGAAAGCUAAAAAAGCUGAGGAUACAUCAGAUUCAAAUUCAGAUUACAGUAAAAAACGAAUAAUUAAAAAGAACUGUUUAUAUGAGAGCGAUAGUUCUGAAUCUGAUAAAUAUAAUGAUAUGACAUUGCCAUCUCCACUAGAUUUAAAAGAACAUUCUGAUACAGAAAUCCAAAUAUCAAAGGAUUUUUCUAGAACUAAAAAAGUAUACACAUGAGUUGGAGAGAAUCCACAAAGAAAGAAUACACAAAAAGGUAUUUUCGACACAAACCUUUC